AAAAAGUGCGAGCGUUGAUGUGAAGAGGAUUAAAAACUAAAGCAGAAAUAAAGACUAUUCUUUGCACCCUGGAAUAGACUUUCCCAGGCAGGCUGAGGAGUCUGAUUCCUCUAUAGUUGGAACACACCCUCGGGUCAGCCUUCAUGAAAAGGGGGAGCACCACCCCUGUCCAACAAGCCAGAGGUCCCUUUCACGACAUCCACGCAAUGUUGAAGGGACGUGUCAGCCAAGACAGUCCCUCAACAUCCAGAGACGAAAGGAAUUCAGGGCGAAACUCAUCCACCCCUUUGCUUUGCCACUGGGGAGCGUUUUGACUACCCCAGAAACUUAAGCCACCGAGAUGGAACCGUCACGUUCGUUGCCUCAGACUCUGCUUCCUCUAUGGAGGGUAUGUCAGUGGGAUUGAGAAUGAAUUGUGACAAAGCAUUAUAAGACAAAGACUGGACAUUUACAAAAAAAGACAUUUGCAUUUUACAAGGUAGUUUUUCCCAAGAAAAUUGUAACAUUAUGAGCGAAUAAGUCAUAGUUUUACAUGACCACUGUCGUAAAAUUAUACGACAAAGGUCGUAGCUUUACCAAAUAAAGGUUGCAACUUUCUGAGAGUAAUUAUCAGAAAAAAGUAGCAGUAUUAUAAGAAUUUUUCUUUUUUUUUUCAUCUCUUUACGAAAUGAUUUUACAGGUGCAAAAGAGGACAUUAUGGGCGUUGGCACUAUUUUAGUGCUGCUUGUGGCUUUGGUGAUUUGUAGGCCUUCUGGAGCACAGAUUUGUAGCAUCAGUGAUGGGCUGACAGUGGCAACAACAGCGACCGUGUCGCUUGUGGCGACUUUGGAGGAAGCUUUCGUCGCGGAGUUGAAGAAUAACAGCAGUGCACAAUACAAAAAACUUGAAACGCAAGUGCAAGCCAUGUGUGACUUUAUCUUCAUUCAAGCGUUUCGAGCUAAUUUCAUCAACACCACUGUUGUUGGAUUUAGUCCACAUAUGGGAAACAUGACAGUCGAAGUGGUGUUGGAGUUCAGCAAUACAUCGUCUUACCGAAUCCCAGAAGAUGACCUGGUGGUAGAAAUGUUCGUGCAGGUGGCCAAUAACUCUUGCAACCCCUUCAAACUUGCUGUAGACCCAGAAUCAAUUGCAGUAAUUAGUUCAACCACCACACUAGAACCACCAACAACACCAUACGAGACAACAAGUCAUAUGAUUUCACCCACAAAGGUUGAUACAAAAACGACAAUAACCUCAGUUCCCUCACCAGUUGUGUCUGUUGAAGCAAUUUUGGAGGAACCUUUUGUGCCAGAAUUUAAUGAUCCCAACAGUGAACAAUACCAAACUCUUCAAACACAAGUGGUAUCAAUGGUAAGACUUGGAAUGCAGGGAGUGCCACAAAUGGGAAACACUCAAGUAGAAGUGGAACUGCAGUUCAACGAUUCGGUAUCGACAGAUCAAAUCCCAGAAGCUGAUGCGGUGGUAGAUACCUUGGUACAGGCUCUGAAGAGUCCCAACAACACUUUCAAUUUAACUAUUGAUCCAGACUCAAUAGCUGUCAUUCCUGAACAACCAACAGCAACCACUGACAGACCAACAACUCCGGGACCUACAACCACCAAUGGAACAGGGACCACCCGUGGGCCAACAACUGCAGUCACCUCAGUUCCCUCACCAAUUGUGUCUGUUGAAGCAAUUUUGGAGGAACCUUUUGUGCCAGAAUUCAAUGAUCCCAACAGUGAACAAUACCAAACUCUGCAAACACAAGUGGUAUCAAUGUGUGACUUCAUCUUCAUCCAAGCAUUUGGAAGUAUUUUCAUCAGAACAAUUGUUAUUGGAUUUAGGCCACAAAUGGGAAACACGAAAGUGGAAGUGGAACUCCAGUUCAACGAUUCGGUAUCGACAGAUCAAAUCCCAGAAGCUGAUGUGGUGGUAGAUACCUUGGUACAGGCUGUGAAUAGUCCCAACAACACUUUCAACCUAACUGUUGAUCCAGACUCAAUUGCAGUUAUUCCUGAACAACCAAGAACAACCACUCAUAGACCAACAACUCAUGGACCAACAACCACCAAUGGACCAAUGACCACCCGUGGGCCAACAACUGCAGUCACCUUAGUUCCCUCACCAGUUGUGUCUGUUGAAGCAAUUUUGGAGGAACCUUUUGUGCCGGAAUUUAAUGAUCCCAACAGUGAACAAUACCAAACUCUGCAAACACAAGUGGUAUCAAUGUGUGACUUCAUCUUCUUCCAAGCAUUUGGAAAUAUUUUCAUCAGAACCAUUGUUAUUGGAUUUCGGCCACAAAUGGGAAACACUCAAGUAGAAGUGGAACUCCAGUUCAACAAUUCGGUAUCGACAGAUCAAAUCCCAGAAGCUGAUGUGGUGGUAGACACCUUGGUACAGGCUGUGAACAGUCCCAACAACACUUUCAACCUAACUAUUGAUCCAGACUCAAUAGCAGUCAUUCUUGAACAACCAACAACCACUGACAGACCAACAACUGUGGGACCAACAACCACCAAUGGAACAGGGACCACACGUGGGCCAACAACUGCAUUCACCUCAGUUCCCUCACCAAUUGUGUCUGUUGAAGCAAUUUUGGAGGAACCUUUUGUGGAAGAAUUCAAUGACCCCAACAGUGAACAAUACCAAACUCUACAAACACAAGUGGUAUCAAUUUGUGACUUCAUCUUCUUCCAAGCAUUUGGAAAUAUUUUCAUCAGAACAAUUGUUAUUGGAUUUAGGUAA